UGCUCCUCUUCCGCGGCGAGCUCCCCCGCCGGAUUGAAGAUCCGGAUCCCCGCGCUCUUGGGUUUUCUGUGAUUUGAGAUCUCUUACUGCUUCUUGGGCAUUUGAGCUCAAUGGUUGCAAGAUUAGUCUUUUGCAACUUUUUGUACUCAUGUUGAACUUUUUAGCGGCGUAAACUUGCCAGAACCAGGUUAAUGGCAUCUGGUACAAAGUCAGACUUGUUGUCUGGCAGCCCUGAUGGGCAUGGAUACUUCAAUGGAUCACGCGGGUCAUAUUCGUCUGCUUCAUUGGAAAGGUCAGGAAGCUUUCGUGAAGGUGGUGAUAGUUAUGCGACGUUCCCAGUAUCAAGCUCAACAAGAUCACCAGCAACUAAGAGCAGCGACUCUGCUACCUUGCUUCAAUCCCUUGCCAUGGAACUAAGAGCAGCAACUUUGGAUCAGAAAGCAUCUCGAUUAGAUGUAAAAAAAUCAAUAAGUUCCAUAUUUGGAACUUCUCCAGAAGAAUCAACAUCAACUCCAUGUACAGGAAGGAACUUUCCUAAUUCUGUUGAAGAGAUCAGACGUUUGAGGCAUAACCUUAAUGAGAUGUCAAACAAAGCUAGUUUAAGAGCUAGAGCUUUUGGUGCUGCUGUAGCGAAGAUUGAUAAAUGUUGUCCUAACAUUACACGAAAACGUUCCCGCGGAGACAGUUCAUCAAAUGAACGAUCUACCGCAUCUUUGUGUGGAGGAGCUAUGUCCAGGAUUGGCCCGCACGGCCAUCUAAAUGCAGAUGAUGCAGAACUUGGGCCUCAAAGAGAAGAGAGGACAAAGAAUGCAGUACAAAAUAGGAGAUUGCGUACAUCCAUGACGGAGAUGGACUCAAGGACCGCGAGUAUCUCAAGGGGAUUGGCACCCGUUGAUAGAAGCUCGGAUCCUGGGAAAGUUACAAAUGGUGGUCCAGCAGUUCCUGAAGAAAAAACGAGAGGCUUGGCAACUAGUAUUGAUGGUUGGGAGAAGCCAAAGAUGAAGAAAAAGCGUUCUGCCAUCAAGGCAGAUGUUUCAUCUGUUAGUACUUCACGAACCAUGGAUGUAGACCGGGAGCAGAAACAAGGCAUGCAACACAAGUUUAGCAGUGAUGCCAGGGCAAGAAUGGGAAAUUCCCCUAGUUUCAGGUCUGGAGCUGUUGCAUCUGUCUCUGGCACUGGUAAAGCAGACUUGCUUUCUGCACAAAAUGGUCUUGUUGGGCGAUCCCUGAAUAGGAAUGACCAAGACAGUGGUUUCCAUCCUACUAACAAAAGGGAUCGACAACUUGUUUUAGACAAGGAAAUGUCCAAUCCCAAAGCUAUUAACAAAUUCAAUGAAGAUGACACUAGUUCUAAUAUCACAGCAGUAUCAAAGGCAAACGGGUCUGCUAGGGGACCCCGAUCAAACUCUGGUUCAUUAUUGAAGUCAUCUCCAAACAGGCAUCGACUACAAGCUAAUCCUGAUGACUGGGAACAUCCUUCUGCCACAAAUAAGUUGAAUUCUGCUAGUGGAUCUGGCAAUUCUAAACGUACAAAGUCUGCACAUUCACUAUCCCCUCCCACCCAGUGGGGUGGGCAGAGGCCUCAGAAGAUUUCCCGUUCAGCAAGGAAGUCAAAUCUCCCCAUCAUCACAAGCACUGAUGGGACAUUAGUAUCUGGUUCGCUUGAAAGUCCAUCUAUCAGUGAACAAUCUGCUGGGUUACCCAGGCGUGCAUCUAUAAAUGGUUCACAACAAGCCAAACGGGGAGAUCAUGGGCACUCAACUGGACCUGAAGGAGGCGAGUUUGGAUUUGCUGAGAAAAAGUUGAGGGACAAAAGCAAAAGGGCUGGUGAACUGGAUGAUGGCCACUGUGGUUUUCAAAAGACUGCAAUGCUUGGGCAUCCUUCCAAAAAGAAUAAGUUUUCUGUUGAUGAAGAUAUUGGUGAUGCUUCACGAAGACAAGGAAGGAUUGGUCGUGGUUUUACUCCAACCAGGCCCAGUACCCCUUCAUCACUUGACAAGCUUGAAAAUGCUCCGAUUACAAAACAAAGAAGUGUAAGGACAGUCUCGGAGAGAAAUGAAAGUAAAUCUGGAAGACCACUGAUAAAGAAGAUAUCAGAGCGUAAAGGCAAUGCACGCCCUAGGCAUACAAUUAGCAAUCUGCAGUUGGACUCUCCUGUGCAAUCAGAAGAUGAUCAUGAGGAACUGCUUGCUUCAGCAAAUUCUGCUCUAAGGUCUGCUUAUGGAAGUGCAUUUUGGCGGCAGGUGGAUCCUUUCUUUGGUUUUGUGACCACGGAAGACAUAGCGUACCUAAGUGAACAGAUACAUUUGCUAGAUGACUCUGCUGCGAGCAGGUCAGUUGAAGGAGACGAAAGUCGGAAAUACAAGGGUAGCCUUGAAUACAUUUCAGAGCCAUCAACUCCGGCUGGUAGCAACAAAGAUGACCAUAGUGCUCUUCCAAAUGGGUAUGCCCUGAAUGGGAUGGUGAAUGAUUCAGGCGCCUGGGGGACAAGCUGCAUUGAACCUAUCCUGGAUCAACUUGUCCAAGGAAUUGAUGUGCGAGAAGUUGGUUCGGUUGGCCAAAGACUUAUUCAAGCUUGGAUAGAUGAAGAUAAGGUUGAUGAUAUUGCCAACGACGUUUACAGAAGCGAAGGAUAUCCAUUCGAUACACAUGAAAUACAUUUUGAUGAAGGAGGAUGGAAAUCUCAUUCAGAAGGUUAUAAGUUGGAGCCUUUGCUGAAUUUUGAAGCUGCAGGGAAUUGCCCUAAUGGUUUCAUGUCGGGAUCUGAUUGGAAAUACAAUGAUGAACCGUCACACAAGAACAGUAAUGUCAUGGAGAAGGCCAAGGUGUGGCCCGAGUUUCAGUACAGUGAAAUGUGCUUCAGUGAUAGGAUUAUCAUCGAGCUAAGUGAAGUGGGUGUAUCUAUUGAACCCGUGCCCGAUCUUGCACAGAGUGAAGACGAGGAUGUCAAUGCUGAAAUCUGUAGAUUAGAAGGCCAACUUCAUAAGGAGGUUCUCGAGAAGGAAAAGUUACUAGCGAAGUUGGACAGAAUGGUUAGAACUGCGAAGGAGUCUCAGCAGAGGGAAUUUUCGCGGCGCGCCAUGGAGAGACUUGUGCUGAUUGCUUACGAGAAAUACAUGGCUUUCUGUGGCUCAAAUAAUUCAAGCAGCAAAAGUGUUAAUAGAGCUAGCAAACAUGCUGCCCUCAGUUUUGUUAAACGCACGAUGGCACGUUGCCAAAUCUACGAAGAGGCAGGAACAAGCUGCUUUGAUGAAGCCCCUUUCAAGGAUAUGUUUAUAUCAGCAACUUCACACAGAAGGGACCCAGAUUCUGCUUCACAAGAAAAUAAUACACUACCAAAAUCGGUCCAAAGGUCUAGUGCAUCGGACGCUUCUCGAGCGAGCAGUCACAUGUCGGAUCUGUCAUUUGCCAAGGAGGAUCCCUGGACAAAUAAUGUAAAACAAAGGGAAUUGUUGCUUGAUGAGGUUGUAGGCAGCAUAACUGGAGGAACCCUGAAGACCUCGGGCCUUGGGGCUUCCCUUGUUAGCAAUACAAAAGGAAAGAGAAGUGAGAGAGAUAGGGAAGGUAAAGGGCACAGAUCAGGGCGCCCACCAUCGUCCAAUGCAAAAGGGGAACGGAAGAAUAAAACAAAGCCCAAACAGAGGACAGCCAACAUAUCUGCUCCUGUGGGCAGUGCUCCUCCCCGGGAUCCGGAUCCACAGCUGCAGACGAUAGUAACUCCUUCAGACAACAAGAGCAAGGACAGUAGCACCUUUGCUGCCACUAGACGUGAUGAACCGGCAAAUCCCACACAUGAUGCUGAAAUACCAGACUUAUCUAACCUUGAGCUACCAGGAAUCGAUGGCGAUUUUGGCGGCUGGUUAAAUAAUAUAGACGACGACGAUGGGUUCCAGGAUCUCGACUUGAUGGGCCUCGAGAUCCCAAUGGACGACAUCAACGAGAUUAAUAUGAUGAUAUAGGCCCACAUAGAAAGCUUCAUAUAGUGCACAGGUAACAGGUGGUUCUCUCAAGAUAACCACCAACCCCAGCAGGUUUAACACCAGGCCGGAUAGUCCCCAGGUAGCCUUUUCUUUUUCUUUUUUGAUAAAAGCUUGUAGAGACCUCACACCCCUCCCCCUUUGUAUCAUCGGCGUGCAGCUCGCCUCCCUACCUUGUACAACACGUUACUCUGUACUGUACAUAUCUAUUUUGGUGCUGUACAAGGCAGGGAGGCCAGUUGCUUGAUUGUACUCGAAAGGCUGUACAUAUGGUAUCCCCUUGUGCUAAAAUAAAGCGGCGUCGGUUAUAGCUUUA